AUGGCUUGGUGGGCGCACGCUGUGCUGGCCGCCAUCGUGCUGUCAGCAGCGCGCGCCUACCUCAUCCUAGUACCAGACAAUGCACCGCCAGGAUACACUGUACUCGACGCCGCGGUCUACAAACUCGGCUCUGAACGCACGUACUCCAUUGAUGUCCACCGCACAGCCAACUUCGUCCACCACAUCUUAAGAGUCAACAGAACUACCGGUCUGGUCACUCUCCGCAAACGACUUAGAUGCGAUGGUGUCCUCUACCCCAACCUCUUCACGUUUUACGUGGACUCCACCUCAGACCGAAUCAGAGAUAUAGACUAUUAUAGCUUACCAAUAAGAAUUUUGGUAAUAGGCGAAGACUGCAGUAGACGCCACGCUGAUCUAUACGAAAUUGACUUCGAUCGUGUCUACGACCAAAGUGACUCUGCCAUGCAGUAUGAUGACGAUCACAUUAGAGAUAAGAGGGAAAUUCAUCAAGCUUAUCGAGAGAGUAUAGACUGGCGGUUAUUAGAAGAAGAUGAAUUGGGAUCUAGUCAAUAUAGUGUUUUGUCCACGGCGUAUCCGUGGUCGAGUUCGAUGUUCGAGGAUUAUGUAGCUAGAAAUAGGAGUAGGCAGAAACGAUCUCUAUUAGUACCUUUCGAUAUGGCCGUAGAUAUUAAGAUUGCUGAGGCUAAGCAGUGGAUAUCGGAGACGUAUGCGAGCUUCUCGAUACCGACCACUGAUAGAUGGCAGGGCAUAUGCCUGAAAAAGUCCCAGUUCGUGAACUCUUUGACGGCGUUCUUGCCGCGGACGGUUCAAAAGAUGUGUAAGGUGCAGUUUCUGGAUGUGAGUGACCCGAGAUUCGUGAUAGAGAGCAGUCAGGGUGAUCUGGUUGCCAGUGAAGACGUGUGCAUUCUGGAGCCAAUGUGGAAAGUGUCGGUUCUCUUCACAUUUAACUGUGACAGAACUAAUAUUGUGGAUUCUGAUCAUCGGCUCAAAAUCGUGUACCAUCAUCAGGAAUUGAACGAUACUGAUAUAGCGAGGAGAGUGAAGAGGGAGUUAAGGAACCAGUCGCCUUAUUUCGAGCAGGCGUUGUACGUGGCUUCGGUUGCUGAAGAACAGCCUCCUGGUGUUAUCGUCACUACUGUACGAGCACGUGAUCCAGAAAACAGCCCAGUGACCUACUCCAUGUCAAGUCUUUUGGAUUCACGAUCAGCGGGCAUGUUCGCUGUAGACACUAGAACCGGAGUAGUCACGACCCAAGCCAGACUUGAUAGAGAAAGAUUGGACGUCCACUACUUCAGAGUGGUCGCACAAGACGACACGUUCCCACCGAGAAGUGGUACUACCACUCUACAGAUUAACGUGUUGGAUUGUAACGACCACCCACCCGUGUUCGAGAUGCAGCAAUACGAAGCCUCUGUGAGGGAAGGUGCUAGCCCUGGUACCACUGUACUGACUUUGAAAGCCACCGAUCAGGAUAUCGGGAAGAACUCUGAGGUGGAAUACUCGAUAGACUCCGUUACAGCUGACCUAUUAAAUCCUGAAGACAACGAAUCUAUAGAUAGUAGAGAAGUCACAGACUCUCAAGAUGUCUUCAGAGUGGACGGGCGGAGUGGGGCCCUACUAACGAGAGCAACGCUGGAUAGAGAGAAGGUUUCAAGAUAUACAGUUAUCGUAAAAGCUACGGACCAAGCUAGUCCUGUUGCUGAUAGGUUAUCAAGCAGUGCUACAAUCCACGUGAACAUUCUCGAUGACAACGACAACUACCCUCAGUUUAGCGAGAAAACUUACACAGUGACUGUUGAAGAGGAUAUCAGUGUUAAUGACAACCCUGUUAUCGCGAGAAUUAAAGCAAAGGACGCCGACAUAGGAGCAAACGCUGCAAUUCGAUACGCAAUAAUUGGCGGAAAUACACAAAUGCAGUUCUCUAUAGACAGUUUAAGUGGAGAUGUAUCUUUAGUGAAACCUCUGGAUUAUGAACAAGUUAGGAGUUACCGUCUGGUGAUUAGAGCCCAAGAUGGGGGAAGUCCGUCCAGAUCAAACACUACUCAACUACUAGUAAACGUUAAAGAUGUGAACGAUAAUUCUCCAAGAUUUUAUACUUCCCUAUUUCAAGAGUCUGUUAGCGAAAGUGUACCAGUUGGAUAUAGCAUUGUUAGGGUACAAGCAUACGAUGCUGACGAAGGUGUGAACGCAGAACUCACAUACACUUUAAGUGACAAAGAGUACAAUGGCAAAACUGAACUGCCGAUAACCAUCGACCCCAGAUCCGGUUGGGUCUUUACAUCUAGCUCGUUAGAUAGAGAAGUACAAUCAAAGUAUCAGCUACAGGUAACAGCGACAGAUAACGGUUCUCCGCAACGUUCAGCCACAGCUUCAGUUGUGGUAGUAGUACAAGAUGUAAAUGAUAACGAUCCAGUAUUCGUACCAGCGCAGUACGACGUAGAAUUGGCUGAAGAUGAGCCACCAGGAACACCUGUGGUUACUGUCACGGCUACUGAUGCUGACGAGGAUAAUAGAUUACAUUAUGAAAUCACCGGUGGCAACACUCGCGGUCGCUUCUCAAUAACAUCGCAAAACGGACGCGGCUUGAUAACAGUGGCUCAACCUUUAGACUUCAAGCAAGAACGACGCUAUGUUCUUACAGUCACAGCUACAGACUCCGGGGGAAGAUCAGAUACAGCAAUGGUCCAUAUUAAUAUCACCGACGCCAAUAAUUACGCUCCAGUUUUUGAAAAUGCACCUUAUUCUGCUUCAGUAUUCGAAGAUGCACCAAUAGGAACGACGGUUCUUGUAGUUUCUGCUACUGAUAGUGAUGUCGGAGUUAACGCACAGAUAACAUACACCCUAACCUCGGAAAUAUCCAAUGAGGCCGUGGCGCAUCAUGAUCAAGAGUUUCUUAUUAAUCCACAAACUGGUGCCAUAACCACUAACAAACUGCUUGAUAGAGAAACUAUGAGUGGAUAUCUCCUAACAGUGACAGCUAGGGACGGUGGCGUUCCAGCCCUAUCUGAUACUACAGACGUCGAAAUUUCAGUAGUUGAUGUUAAUGAUAACGAACCAGUAUUUAAACAACAACUAUACACCGCAACUAUUAUGGAAGAUGCUUUAGUGGGUACGUCAGUUACUCAAGUAGCAGCAACUGAUGCAGAUGUGGGCCUGAACGGUCGAGUGCAUUACGAAUUGGAAUCUCGAGAUCGUGAAGAGGGCUCUUUCGUUAUAGACCCAGCUUCCGGGGUUAUUCGGACCAAUAAGGCUUUAGAUAGGGAAUCUGUGGCGACCUACGAUUUGAAGGCGUUAGCUAUUGAUGGAGGAACACCGCCGCAAAGUUCUACUGUAAUAGUCCACAUAAAGAUCGAAGAUAUAAACGAUUCGCCGCCAGUGUUCGAGAGCGAUUGUUUAACAUUUUACAUUCCUGAAAACAGUCCUAUAGGAACGACGGUUGGAGAAAUCUUCGCCCACGAUCCGGACGAGGGGCCUAACGCAGUUGUCCAUUAUUCUAUUAAAGGUGGAGAUGACUCCAAUAGCUUCUCACUAGAAACAAGACAAGGUUCUGAUAAAGCAGAACUCGUAUCCAUGGUCGACCUGGACUAUGAGAGUCCUCGGAAGAAAUACGAACUUAUAAUCCGUGCAGCAAGUCCACCUCUAUGGAAUGACGUUAGAGUUGAGAUUCUGGUAACAGAUGUGAACGAUAACGCGCCUAUGAUGAAGGAUUUCCAGGUCAUCUUCAAUAAUUAUAAGGAUUGCUUUCCCGUUGGACCUUUUGGGAGAGUACCAGCUUAUGAUGCAGAUGUUUCCGAUAAGCUACAAUAUCGUAUACUAUCAGGCAACAAUGCCAACUUAGUGUUGUUAAACGAAACGUCAGGGUCAAUGACCUUAUCGCCACAGCUCAACACCAACGUGCAGAAACUUGCAACUAUGGAGAUUUCAGUAUCUGACGGUGUCAACGAGGUUAAAGCAAUGAUGCAGCUCCUAGUACGUCUAAUAACUGAAGAUAUGCUCUUCAACUCGAUAACAGUUCGUCUCAACGACAUGACAGCUGAAAGAUUCCUGUCCCCCUUAUUAGGGUUCUUCAUAGAUGGUCUAGCUGCUAUUAUACCGUGUCCUAAGGAAAACAUCUACAUCUUUAGUAUACAGGACGACACAGAUGUAUCUGGCAACAUCCUGAACGUGUCAUUCUCAGCUGUAAGGCCUGACGCUGAAAUUGGUAUAUCUGGAGAUGCAUCUCAGUAUUACACACCAACACAUUUGCGGGAGCGAGUUUAUUUACAUCGGACCACGUUAGCAAGAUUAGCUACUGUGCAGGUUCUACCAUUUGAUGACAAUGUUUGCGUUCACGAACCGUGCCUCAACUUCGAAGAUUGUCUAACCAUACUCAAGUUUGGCAACGCAUCUGGGUUUAUAAUUAGCGAUUCGGUGUUAUUCAGACCCAUAUACCCCGUCACUACCUUCACUUGUCAAUGCCCACGAGGUUUUACAGGCUCCCGCGAACACUACAUGUGUGAUACGGAGGUGGACCUGUGUUAUUCGUCUCCAUGUGUGAAUAAUGGCACUUGCAUCAGGCGAGAAGGAGGAUAUACUUGUGUUUGUUCAGCUGGAUUUACAGGUGUGAACUGCGAAACGAUACUAACGAAAGCAUCUUGCGACUUCAACGGCGAUGGCUCCAUCUGUCGGAGCGGGUCGCAAUGCGUGGCGAGAAGGGAAGGAGGCAUUUUAUGCCAGGGUUGUGCCAUAGAUGCUGCGUACACCACGUCAAUGUGCGAAUUGAAGGCCCGGAGUUUCCCAGCCACAUCGUUUUUGACGUUUGCAGGGCUGAAGAAACGGCAUAGGUUCCAUUUAAAAUUGCAAUUUGCCACGCAAGCGACAUCUGGCCUUCUCCUCUACAACGGAAGGUAUAACGAACGUCAUGAUUUCGUUGCCCUGGAGGUGAUAAGCUCAGGCGCGGGAAGAGGUGGGGCUGGUUUGAGGUUCACAUUUGCACUUGGCGGUGGAAAGACGGAGGUUACCGUGGAGGGAGAUGUAGCUGAUGGGGCAUGGCAUAGCGUUGAAGUGGAGUAUUAUAAUAGGACAGCAACUAUGAUCCUAGACGACUGUGACAAAGCUCUAUCGUUAGCGGGGGCGGGAGACUUCGGUGUGAAGUACGCAUGCGCCAAUUUCACGAAGAAAUUAUUGCCACCACGUUGCGACAUUCCGACGGAAACUUGCCACAGAUUCCUAGAUCUGACUGGUCCACUGCAGAUCGGCGGUCUACCGAAUAUCCCUAGCAGCUUUCCAGUGAAGAAUAAGGACUAUGUUGGAUGUAUAUCCGAUUUGUAUAUCGAUCAUAAGUUCAUCGAUUUAAACAGCUACGUGGCAGACAAUGGAACCCUGGCGGGUUGUCCAGAAAAGCGUUCUCAAUGCAGCAGCGCCCCAUGUUACAACGACGCUGAAUGCCAUGACUUAUGGGAUACUUUUCUGUGCGAUUGUCCUGAGGGCUAUACUGGCAAGGAUUGCGCUGAAUCUACGGCUCCACCAUGGCGAUUCAGCGGAGAUGGAAUGCUUUCUUUCAACCCACUCUUGCGUCCUAUACAACUUCCUUGGCUGAAUGCUUUGACCAUAAGAACGAGGCAGCAAGACGCUUUUCUAAUGUCCAUACAAGUGGGACAGAAUAGUACAAUACUAGUUUCGCUAAAAUCCGGUCUACUUCACUACUCGUAUAACGGCGAUACGAUGUUCCUGCCGUCAACUACGUUAGCUGAUGGCAAAUGGCACCGCAUAGAGAUCAAAUGGCUCGGUACAGACAUAUCCGUGGGCAUAGAUUAUGGAUUGCGAAACGCGUUACUACCGAUGCUAGCAAAUAAAAUCCAAGGCCAGUACAUUGGGAAGAUCCUUAUCGGUGGACCUGAUACAACUGCUGGAAUAUUGUCUUCGGACGUCGGAUAUUUUGAGGGGUGCAUUCAGGAUGUCCGAGUAGGAACAGCUCAAUCUCUUCUCAACAGGCCAACGGUUAGAGAAAACGUACGCGAUGGUUGUCAAUCCAGGGCUGACUGUAUGCUGUCUAUAUGUCCGCCAUAUAGUAAAUGCCUGUCAGCGUGGGAUACCACAGAGUGCGAAUGUGAGCAUGGCCGAUUUGGGCCACAAUGUGUGGCUGCUUGCGAUAUUCAGCCGUGCGGGGACCAUGCCACCUGUGUCCCUGAUGACUCGAUUAGAGGAUACUCUUGCAAUUGCCACAUUGGAUACACCAUGAGUGAAGGGAUAUGCGUAGAAGAAAGCACAGACGAUCAAUGCCCUGGUGGGUGGUGGGGGGUUAAGGCCUGUGGACCGUGCGAUUGCGACGCAGCGCGAGGGUUGCACCCUUAUUGCGCGCCGAAGACCGGCUUAUGUCACUGUAAAGAAAACCACUACAAGCCUGAGGGCUCGGCAGACUGUAUUCCAUGUCAGUGCUACGCUGCUGGCUCAGUUAACAGCUCGUGUGCCAGUGUUUCCGGCCAGUGCUAUUGUCGGAGCGGGGUUAUAGGACGAGCAUGUGACUCUUGUGCUAACAUAUACGCUGAAGUCACACCCAACGCUGGAUGCAAGGUUGUCUACGAUGGAUGCCCGAAAUCUUUUGCGGCUGGAGUCUGGUGGCCGCGAACCAAAUUUGGCAUACAAGCUUUAACGGACUGUCCAUCAGGUUCCAGUGGAAAAGCAACACGCAUGUGCGAUGGAAGCCAAGUCAUACCCUGGCAAGAACCGGAUAUGUUUAAUUGUACUACGUCUACCUUUUAUCAAUUGAGGAAGCAGCUUCACAAAAUAGAAUCCGGUGAAUUAACGAUGAACACAUUCGUCGGAGUACGGUUGGCUGAAGAUCUCGCUUCCGCGUGUACGAAUACGCAACACUUAUACGGAGCUGAUAUUCUUGUGGCGGAAGGAAUAUUGUUGGAACUUAUACAGUAUGAGUUGAAGCAAGCCGGAUUGAACCUUACGCACAGUCAAGAUAAGGACUAUGUUCGCAACAUAAUCAAAUCUUCAAACACGAUUCUAACCUCGAAAUACCAAAAAGAAUGGACACGCAUUCGGCAGUUAACGGGCAGAGGUGUCGAACACGUGGUUCAAAAAUUCGACAAAUACAUUUCCGUGCUGGCUGAGAGUCAACACGACACUUACACUAGUCCUUUUGAAAUUGUCACCUCUGAUUUAGUGAUCGGCGUUGAUAUCGUAACAGCAGAGUCUAUUUACGGCUUCGAACCGACACAACUUAGUCGUUUCAACAUAGACAGAGAUUCAUUCACAACGGAACGAGUCGUUCUUCCCGAUACAUCUUCAUUCGUUCACUCACCCAUACAAACAGUCGGCUAUUAUGGGAUCAAUAAGUCCAAAAGCAAGAAACCGUCCAGUCCAACGGUUUCUUUCCCGAAGUACAACAACUAUGUGAAGAAUAAGAAUAAGUUUGAUCAAUUCUCGAGGGUCCUACUGCCUUUGGAUUUGAUUGGGAUCAAUAAUGUUCAGGAUAACCUAGACACGAUCUACGAAUCACGCGCAGUUUUCUCAUAUCUCCAAUAUUCGAGAAACACGUCUCAACUGAUGCCUCUACAUCUGGACGAGUCUGUUAGCCGUCGGUGGGGCGUUAACAUUACCAUCGGAUCUCCGAUCCUGCAAGUGUCCUUAUUUGUUCCUGAAUAUGUCUGGACGAAGGAAGCUAAAGAUAGUGACGACAAUACAGACAAUACUAUGGAGGAUUUCGAUGGUGUCGCUUAUAUAAACAAAGGAAACUCACAUCAAACGCAAAACAACGGAGACCACAAAAAUCCAUGGAACCAAAACGACAACUCCAUCCAGGACCAUGGACCGAUUGUUAUCCAACCGACCUUUAAAAAACAAGACAAAGCAUACAUAACUGACAAUUUACAAGAGAACGAAUCGAGUUUUGUAGCCGAGAAGUUAGAACCUCAAGCGCUGGCCCUAACUCUAGAACAGAAAGAAGGGAACGUAACUAAGGAUUUUAGCAAGAAGUUGGUGUAUAAAAGUUUGAACGGUAUAAGGCUGAAGAAGCCGAUUCGGCUGCAAAUAUGGCUCGAUAUAAACAGAGAGACUUUUGGGUCUAGAACUAACCCGCAGUGUGUGCAUUGGUCGACUUUGAGAGGAUCUGGGGAAUGGUCCCGAGUCGGCUGUCACACUGAAAUAGAUUACAACUGGUCUCCAUAUUCCGCCGAACCACUGCUCAUCAACUGCACGUGCAACCAUCUCUCUACAUUUGCCGUUCUGGUGGACGAAGUUGAUAUUGAGUUCAUACCAGAACCGUCUCUACUGGAAUCUGUGACGUCAUACACGGGCUUCAGCAUCUCCCUCCCACUCCUCCUAUGCACAUGGGCUGCGUUGUCGCUCAUGCGAGGCGGUGCGGCCACAGUGUCUAACUCCAUUCACAAACAUCUCAUAUUCUGUGUGUUUAUGGCGGAGCUGCUGUAUUUAAUAGCUUUGAAGGCUAGAAACUCCUUGGUACAGAAUGAGUUCGCCUGCAAAGUAAUAGCAAUGUCCCUCCACUAUUGGUGGGUAUCUGCGCUGGCUUGGAGCGCGUGCGACGCGUGGCAAGUCCGUCGUCUUGUACGCGAAGUGCGUGACGUAAACCACGGACCGAUUGCCGCACAUCUUGCUGUUGCGUACGCGGCACCCGCUGUUGCUUUGGCACUGGCGGCUGCCCAUCACCAGCAGCAAUAUGGGAAUUCAUUAUUCUGCUGGGUUAGCUGCCAUGAAGCGGUGGUGUGGUGGGUGGUGAUACCAGCGGGGGCAUAUGCAUUGGCAGCUGUUGUCUUGCUAGCGGGCGCUACGCGAGCUGCUUUCACUGUUAGAGACCACGUCAUCGGGUUUGGAAACUUGCGAAUGCUGCUAGCAGUCAGUAUAGUCUGCUUGCCACUAGUCUGUCUGGCUUGGGCGAGUGGACUCAUCCUGGGGAGUGAAGCAGGGGACAGACGGAAUAUCCUCAGCUCUUUAUUGGCAGGAGCAGUUGCUUUGCACGCGGCUGCAGCAUCUUUGGGUUAUAUCGCCUUCAAUAUACGAGUGCGGGAUAAUCUCAAAAGAACUGUUCUGAGAUGUCUGGGAAAGAAGGUGCCACUAGCUGAUACAUCCGUUAUCAUCAGCACCAGUGCGCAGAACUUGUCACAAACGAAUAGGUCGUCGUUAGCAUACCACAGUGGAACUGAGGGAAGGCAACUGCGGAACAUUGGUAUUUCGGCGUCGUCUACUACAAGCAGAUCUACUACCAAGACUGGUUCUAGUCCUUAUAGGAGCGAUGGGCAACUCCGACAUACCAGCACAUCAACAUCUAACUACAACACUAGUGCUAGUGACAUGCCAGGUUAUCUAAGAGGAUUUGACUCGUCGCUGCACACCCGGAAAGACGAUGAACGUCGCCGUCGCCGUAAAAACGCGACCGAUGGUGAAACAACAGGAGAAACCAAUGGUGACGGAACAGAAGCGACUGAUAGUGAGAGUGAAGGCAGCGCAAGGAGCCUGGAUCUCGCAUCCAGCCACUCUUCUGAUGAUGAUGAGACGAGCACCAGGCGUUCUGAUCAUCCGCCAUCCGCUUCUCGAGAUCGUGGUAGCAGUACAGGCGGCAGCUAUUUACCAAACAUCACUGAAGGCGCACCUUUAGGUAUACCUCCAAGAUGGCCACCGCAUGUAAGGGGAGAAUCAAAUCGGCCUGAAGGUCGCUGGUCCCAGGAAACCGGAUCAGAUGAACAGGCGGCGACCCCCUCCCCCAACCCGCUACCAAACCCAGAUCUUACGUCUGAUGUUUACCAGCUGAGCCGACAUCGCCUUAAACCCUCCAUAUUAGAGAAUGUACACGAUACUUAUGUGGCUACGGUGGAUGCAUCUAGACUGCCAUUGGAUAAUAGAUACGGUGUAAUGGACGACGAGCUGAUAUAUGGAGUGCACACAGAAACAGACAAACAAAUGCCUUACGACCCAACUUACCCCAUUUCCCCCACAAUGUACAGACUACCCACAAAUCCAUACGGAUCAAAGACUUACCUCUCCUCACGAACGUCAGACUAUGGCUAUAGUCCCACUAAAUACCUAAAUACAGACACGAGUGUCUACGGCUCGCGUGACUUUCGGGAUUCUGGAGUCACAGCGAGGGAACAUGAUGGCUACCCGCCAAGAGAUUUCCGCGAUUCGGGAAUAGCCACAAUGCUCAAAAACGAUUAUCAGCGAAAAAUGGAAGGACAUUAUGGGGAAUACACGGAUAGGAUGUCCGAUGGCUCGGACAAACACCAUCCCCACGAUAAAUACCAUUUUCCGUAUACAGCUGAGGAGGACCAUAUUAACAUGCGUGGUGUGAUGCACUCGACCCAAGCGCCUAGUAGUGAUAGUAAUGCAGCUGACAGUCACCAACAAAUAAGUGCACCCCUGGCGAGUAUGGGAGAAACAAGCGAGAAAUCUACUACUGAAGACGACGCUGAAACAAGAGUAUAA